AUGUACACACUGUUGAAUUCUACUAAUUCUACUGUAAAUCGUUCGAAGAAUGAUAGUGAUCGUGUUGUCUUCACGCAUUCAUCAACAUCAUCAACACUUGAUAAUAUAUCCAGUAUAUUUUUAAUUUCUAUUCUUUCUGUUUUAUGUUUUCUGGGUGUUAUUUUCAUGAUCUUUGGUCCUAUGAUGAGAUCGGAAGCUUGGAAACGUGUAGAUAAUUAUAUAUUUGGUCAAGAUAUGGAACAUGAAGAUCAAGAUGAAGGUGGUGCAGAUAAUGGUGACGGAUAA